AUGCACACCAAUGUAGUGAGACAGAAGAGGACUUGCACUGGAGAGAAACACUUUGAAUGUCCUGAUUGUGGGAAAAGUUUCACAUGUAAUUCUGAGCUGAAUUCCAAUCUGGUGAGACAUCGGAGGACUCACACAGGAGAAAAACCAUACGAGUGUCUAUAUUGUGGGAAAUGUUUCUGUCAGAAUUCCCACCUAGUGGAACAUCAGAGAACUCACACAGGAGAAAAACCGUAUGAGUGCCCUGAUUGUAGGAAAUGUUUCAGAUGGAAUUCCCACCUGGUAGAACACCAGAGGACUCACACAGGGGAGAAACCAUAUAAAUGUGUAGAUUGUGGGAAAAGUUUCUAUCGGAAUUCUCACCUGGUGGUACAUCAGAGAACUCAUACCGGAGACAAGCAGUAUCAGUGUCUGGAUUGUGGAAAAAAAUUUACUCGGAAUUAUGGCCUGGUUUUACACCAGAGGACUCAUACAGGAGAAAAAUUAUAUGAGUGUCUGUUUUGUGGGAAAAGUUUCAUUCAAAACUCCGACUUGGUGAAACACCAGAGGACUCACACAGGAGAAAAACCAUAUGAAUGUCUUGAAUGUGGGAAAAGUUUCAGUCGGAAUUCCACUUUGGUGAUACACUGGAAGACUCACACAGGAGAGAAACUGUAUGAGUGUCCAGAUUGUGGGAAAAGUUUCGCUCAGAAUGCCAAGCUGGUGAUGCACCAGAGAACUCACACAGGAGAAAAACCAUAUCAGUGUCCGGAUUGUGGCAAAAAUUUCAGUCAGAAUUCUUACCUGGUGAAACACCAGAGGACUCAUACCGGAGAAAAACCAUAUGAGUGUCUUGAAUGUGGGAAAAAUUUCAGUUGGUAUUCCAAUUUGGUGAUACACUGGAGGACUCACACAGGAGAGAAACCAUAUGAAUGUCCUGAUUGUGGGAAAGAAUUCAGUACUAGUUUCACUCAGAAUUCCAACCUGUUGAUACACCAGAAAACUCACAUGGGAGAGAAACCGUAUCAGUGUCCGGAUUGUGGGAAAAGUUUCAGUCAGAGUUCCAACUUGGUGAAACACCAGAGGACUCACUCAGGAGAAAAACCAUAUAAGUGUCUUGAAUGUGGGAAAAGCUUCAGUCGGAAUUUCCAUUUGGUGAUACACUGUAGGAUUCACACAGGAGAGAGACCCUCUGAAUAUCCGGAUUGUGGGAAAGAUUUCCAUACUAAGUCUAGCCUUAUAAAUCAUGUAAAGUUACACAUAGGUGAGUAACCAUUCAA